AUAACUUAGGGACAUACAUAUCUGGCACAAGGAUUCGUAUAGUAAUGCUUGUCACAGAGUCAGGGCCGCCUUAAACAAUUGGCAAACAUUCGUGCCCCUUUCAAGCUUCUUGGCAACAACGUUGCAGCCUCAUGGUCACGUUAAGUUCAUACUUGGAAAUUCGAAUGAAUACUUCGACAACCUUGUGGCGACCUUCGUCUUGACUUCCACUAUCAUGAUACAGUGUGAUCAAUGCGAUCGUUCAUUUCGUUCCACUCAGGCAUUGUUUGCCCACUGUCGCGACAGAGUUGACCACCCCUUCUGCGAGGAUUGCGACAGACUAUUCUAUACUUUUACUGGACUGGAUCAGCACAUGCAAAACGCUGCGGUACAUCACAGCGACUGUGAAUCAUACGAGUAUGCGUCUGAGAGUGAUGAUGACGAUGACGAAGAACCGCCCCGCGUUGUCAUUCAUGAAGCCGCCUGGGUUGCAUCAAGGCCGGAGGAGAAGGUGGGAUGCAAUAGGUGGUUUGUUGACUUGCUGGGCCUGAUGGCGGGUCUAAUUCGACGGGUGUUUUGCUGCACGCACCCAAAUGAAUAAUUAUUUAAUAAAGGUUGACCUUUGGAGCAGUAUAAGGUGCUGGGUAUAGGGUAGGUACCUGGCCUCG